UGUCUGGUGGAUCUCAUGCCUUUCCAGCUGUGGUCCUGCUGCUGGAUGUGGGAGGCUUUGGCUGCACUUGGCUUGGCUGGCUUUGUUGAGACAGGAAUCGCUGUCUCUGGAGAUGCUCCCCUGAGGCACAGGACACUCCUGGCAGCUACUGGAGAGGAGACUGGUCUGAGGGUUGUGGAGGCCUCCUCGCUAAGCUGGGGCACCAGGGUGAAGGGCUUCAUCGCGUGUUUUGCUGUCGGGAUUCUCUGCUCCCUGCUGGGGACUCUGCUGCUGUGGGUGCCCAAGAAGGGACUAACCCUCUUCGCGGUCUUUUACACCUUUGGUAACAUCGCAUCCAUUGGGAGUACCAUCUUCCUCAUGGGGCCCCUGAAGCAGCUGAAGCGCAUGUUCGAGCCAACGCGUCUGAUCGCAACCAUCCUGGUGCUGCUGUGCUUCGCCCUCACCCUGUGUUCUGCCUUUUGGUGGCACAACAAGGGACUGGCGCUCAUCUUCUGCAUCCUGCAGUCCUUGUCCUUGACGUGGUACAGCCUUUCCUUCAUACCAUUUGCAAGGGAUGCUGUGAAGAAGUGUUUUGCCGUGUGUCUUGCGUGAGCUCUGGAAGGCACCGGGCGUGGAAGCUGGUGGACAUCUUUGUAAAUAGCCCCCAAACCUGUGUCUGUGAGACACGUGCCUUCAUCCCACAGUCUCAACCCUUGAGGGUUUGCCUUUGGAAGCGGUCAUGCUCCCACCCUGAAGCUGUGGCACAGAGUCAGAGGUGGGUUCCGCACCUCGAGCAGCCGAGUCUUCCUCUCACACCUGUUCCUCUUUGGAUGCUGACCCACGGAAUUCCCCUAAAUAAAAAAUCCUGGUUAAACGUCAGCAGAUGAGCCCGGGGGAGGCCCUGGAGGGAGGCCGGGACAGAAUGGCGGGGCCCACGAGGCCUUUGCAGACUUGUCCCUCCGCCCGGGGCCUGGUGCUGCUGCCUCCCCCAGCAUGGACUGGCUUCUGCCCUGGGAACCCAGAUGGGUGUUCUGUGCUACCUGGGUCCUGGCGAGCCUGGCCGUGGAGGGGAGUGGGGCCCCUUCUGGCGAGACGCGCUGCUGCCUCCCAGACCUGGGCACUCCUGCUGUUGUGCAGCGCCUGGCUGUGGAACGACUUCUCCUGCGUCUGGUGCAGACUCCUGGUCUCCGGGGUCCCCUGUCCCCCAGCUCGCUUCUGUCCUCACGACUAAUAGCACCAGGUGGAGGGAGAGCAGCAGCAGUACAAAGCCUGCCGCGUCCUGUGGACGGGGGCUGGCUGCUUCCUGCUGUAUCUUUUCUUGAUUAUUCCGAGGUGUUUGCUUUUAAGUUGAUUUUAUUUUCUGUCCGUCCCUGCAGUGGGGCCGGGGCAGAGCGGCUGAGAUGAAGACUCCUGCUGGGAGGGCAGGAGGCCGGCAUGCCUGCCCAGCCACCCUCACGCGGUCCCUGCAUUGGCGCUCAGCAGUGCUGGGGCACUGGGAGGACACGGGGCUGUAGGUGAUCAGGCCUGGCUCACACCCAGCCACGUGCAGUGUGCUGCCAUGUUGGUGGGGCUUUCUGGUCCUCAGGGGGCUUGUGAGCAGCAGGCCUGUCUCCCCUGUGCAGCUGGGAAGCUGGACCAGCCUCCACCUCCCCGACCUCCUAGGACUCGCCCUGCCUUCUUCAGCCUGGCUCCUGCUCCCGGGCUCCAGUGUCUUAUGCCACCAGUGCCGUCUCCUGCCUGCCACACCCCGUCCUUUGUGACCGUCUCCUCCUGGAUCUCUAGGGCGUUUGCUAGUCCCUGGUGUACCCUCUCAGCUGCUCUGUGCCACCUGACCAUCAGCAGGGCCUGUCUUGAUCAGCCGGAGUCCUGGCACCCCAGGACCUGCAGGCCCACCCUCAAAUGAAGGCUCUCUGUGCUCCAGCACCUCCACACCAAAGGCAGUGGCCACUGGCUGGCUGUUGCUUGGGGCAGUGAGCUCAGGCUGCCUGGCUUCUGCCUGUGGCUGGAGAGGUCAGAGCAGGGGCGACGGCAGAGGCAGGCCAUCUUGCAGGCCCUUCCCACUGCUGUCCUCCACCUGCCCUGAGCCAGGAGCGGAGACACGUGCUACCCUCUGGCUUUUGUGGGGUGUAUUCAUGUCCCAGUUCUUCUGGGAGACCUGAAGAAGGACAUGGGGAGGUUGGGGUCUUCUCUUAUAGGUGAUGUGAGAUAUGGGGUUGGCCUCAGUGGGCUGGAGUGAGGACCCCUCCUUGCCCUUUCUGAGAUGCCUUUCAAGGUGUCACCCGGCUGUCUAGCACAGUGGCAGUGGAUGCAGCUUAGAAGUCACAGGGGUCUGGUGUGAGCUGGGCUAGUCACAGACCAGUGUGCUGUUGACCGGGUUGUGUAUGGUGUCCUUCUCCGUCUGUCUGUGUACACAGGGCCAGGACGAUGCUUCCUGCUGAGCAUUGUAGGAUGCUGGAGGGAGGUGUGGCAGGGCCCAGCUGGGUUGAGCCCCCUCUGUGAAGGGCAGGUGUCACUGUUGAAUCUGAGGAAUGAAUACUGGUGACCCUGGUAGUGGCAGGGUGCCCAUGUGGCCAUGAGCUUAUCUGACUGACACUUGGUACUAUGUGUCCUCUCACUGAGGUGCACAGUGGCUGUUGCUGUUGUUCCCAUGAUGACAGAGAAGCAGCAGCUCCGGGGACAGUCCCACCUCCCACCGGGGCACCAGGGGCACCAGGGCAGGUCCUGGGCCAAGGCCUGGCAGGAGCCAGGCUUCUCCCUAACCGCCAUGGCCGUGGCUGGUUUGCCCAGACAGCCCCAUGAGAGCGCUGAGCAGCUUUUGGACGUGCUGCCUCCCGGACCUGCAGACUCACCCCCGACUUUUCCUGCGGUGCCUCCUUGUUUGUUUGCUUUUGUUUGGAGGAAGAAACCCACUUCCCCUCUGCUGCCAUCUGUACCAAGCCCCCAUGUGGGUGGAAACAACCCAGCGGGCGAGGCGGAGGUUCACAGUUGGGUUGUAGCCUGAGGCUCGUCGUGGACUUAUUUGCUCCCUGCUCUGGUCCCUGCCCCCUUCACUGCUGGGCAGAAGAGGCACCGCUGCAUUUGAGGAGUGGGGGCCAUCCAGGUGGUUCUCCUGUGGUGGCCAUGCUUGCUUAUUCAGGCUGUGCUCUGUGAGCGCUGCACGGGGAGGGGCUCUGCCCUGCAGACCAAGUGCCCUAGGCCCCGUCUCCUGCUCCAGGCUCUGAGGCUGCCUGUUCCGUACCAGGCAAGGAAGGCUCAAGUCCCUGCUCCCGCCUCUGUCUCGCAGGAGGGGCCUUGGCUCUCCUCCUCUGAGUGGCUGCUGAGCAGACGCGGCGUGUUCCCUGGGUGACUUCCCAGUGCUGGAGUUGGACCCAGCACACUCGUACGGUGACUCGUGGCUCAUCAGCCCCUGUGCCACUUCCCUCUGCCAAUCACUGCAUGCCAAGGGAGCCGGAAACAAUGGAAUUACCUUUUGAUUCUUUCACAGACAGAAAAAUUAGCAAGUGGGCCUCACCUUGAGAAAGGUGUGGGGUCCAGUGUGGCAUCCGCUUCUGAUGGCCCUGUGAACAGGGCAGGAGCCACAGUGUCCGAGAAGAGCUAGAGCAAGGCCCUGAGGCUGUGGGCUCCCGUUCCCGUGGGACAGCCUGCGCCAGGCCUCCCUGGUCUCUCAGAUGACGUCUGACCAGAGUCACCUGAUUUACAACAUAAUCUAAAACCUCAUUUGAGCACAUAAAAAAAAAAAAUUCAACUGUUCAAAGGUACACGAAACCAUUUACUAGAGCUUUUGGCAUAGUUUUAAAAAUUUACACAUCUAAGAUAUUUAUUUUUUUGUAAUUUUGACACAUGCAAGAGUUUACAGAUAGUAUUUUUUAAAAAGCAAAUUGUCCCUCAACUCAAAUUAAAUACAGAUCUGUUUGUUUAACCCCUGAAACCUGCCCCCCCCCCAAACACCAAACAACCUAGAGGUCUAGAUUUUGCUGGAGAGGUUGGUUCGGAGGCCAUCCAUCAAGGUACUUUCCAACUCGGAAUUCUGUGCAGUCCUGGAACCCAGUAUUUUUGGUCUGGUGAAGAGGAAAGUGCAGGGGAUUCAUGGGACCUGGGUCCACUCAGGACGUUCAGUUGCACUUAGGUAUUUCUUGAUGCGGGGAUGAUGCUCCGCAGCCCUCCCAGCCUGACCUGGAGCGAGACCCUGGUUAGUCGGGUUCCGUGGCAGUCAGGUGAGGGCCGGCAGCCUUUCCAGCAGGAGCUGGUAGUGACCCCAGGCUUCAAAGCUGCUUUCUAUAGACAGGCCGAUGGGCAACCAGGGAAGCAGCCGGUGCACAGCAGCAGCUAUGCUGGGGAAUGGGGUCAGUGCACACAGCGCAACAGUGAGGAUGUGUGUGUUCCCAACACGACAGCACUGCGUUUGAUAAGCAGCCACAGAGCCAAAACAGCAGCAGCAAAAGCACAAAUGGUCCCCAAUGUCAACAGGCCGGAUGUCCGGGCAGAGCAUCUCUGUGAGGUCUUUAGAGGGCAAAUGGAGGCUGGCGCUGGGCCAGUUUGCUGUGCCUGUCGAGGGUCCUGCUACAACAGGAAAUGAGUCUACAUUGGACUUUGGGAUCUUUCUGCUAUGAAAAGUAUUCAUUUUGCCUUUUUCUAUGUAUUUGCUUGACUUACUUAGCAACCUUGAAUAAGGAAAGGAAAAAGAUAAAACCCUCUGAACUCUGAUCUUUUGCUGUUUGUGUAGAUUCUGGAUGUGAAGUUGGGACUGAGGGUGUUCAGAUGCCUAUGGUGAGGGCUCGGGUGUGGCGCAGCGGUAGAGCACUUGCCUGCGCCAGACGCUGGAUCAGCUCCCAGCACCACCAAAAAAAAAAAACCCUCAAAAACCUUUGGUGAAUUUGUACGCCUCAGAACACUGCUACAUGCCUGUUCUAACACGAUGAGCUUUUAGAAAACUUUGUUACAACAUGAAUCAGUUUUUUAUAAUUGUACAGCUACAACUAAUUUUGAAUGCUACUUAUUGAUAACUGAAUUUUUGUAUCCAAAAACAUAUUCUUGGGAAUCUAUUUCAUAUAAUAUUGUUUUCUUUUGACUAACCUAUUUUAGAGAGAGAGUGUCGCUGGUAACUAAACUCUUUCCUCUUCCUCCUGUCACAGUUAUCAUUCCCCAAUAAAUGGUAGUGUGAUGAUCUUAA